UCCGUCCGGGUAGGUUGGACCGGAAGAUAGAGAUCCCUUUGCCAAAUGAACAAUCCAGGAUGGAGAUUCUUAAGAUUCAUGCAGCUGGCAUAGCAAAGCUUGGUGAAAUAGACUAUGAAGCAGUUGUCAAAUUAGCUGAAGGCUUCAAUGGUGCUGAUCUUCGAAAUGUCUGCACUGAAGCAGGAAUGUCCGCAAUUCGCGCAGAACGCGACUAUGUAAUUCAUGAGGACUUCAUGAAGGUAAGUCUUCUCUUUGUGGGAACAUUGUUCUGCUCUCCAGUCUCAGAUUUUUCCCUUCUUCAUCUCUGCUUUGGUUUCCAGGCAAAGGGAAAAGAAUAA